UAUCGCACUUCGAUCGUUUACUCAUUCUCCCUCUCUUUAAAUCGAAACCACUUGAAAACACAAUCGAAAAACAUUUGCAAGGCUAAUGACAUUUACCCCAAGAAUUUAGGGUCUCGACUGUUUUUGCGUUUCAGUGGCAGUCUGAAACAAAGUUUGGCGGACGAGAGAUGACGUUGAUUCUACUGGCCACCCUCUCCAGCAUCUACACAGGGAUGUUUAACUACUUGAAGGCCAAAUUCCCCUUCGUGAUCGAGGCCGCCAUGGUGACCCUGUGCUUUGGAUCCAUCGUCGGUCGAUUCUGCAUACUGGCUUAGCAGAAAAAUCAGAAGAAGACUGGGGAUUGUGUGAUUCGAAGUAACUUUAUAUUUAUAUGGAUGUGUCUUGUGGCUUUAUGUGAAUACAAACUAAUGGCUUAAACCUAAA